AUGAUUUUACAUUUUUUAGAGUUCAUUCUCUUACUAUUCCAUGCCAUAUGUUUUGUUGCCAACUGGAGACUGGUCGAUUCUAGAUUUACAGAGACAUAAAUAUUGGAAGUUAACAGUUGGAUAUCAAAAGAUUCUUGCACAACCUCAACGGUUUCAGACAUGCUGAGCAAUGGAAAUUGUAAGACAAAUCAAUUAUAGAAAUAUGUUAUAUAUAUAUCAAUACUUGCCAUUAAUUAUGAUGAUGGAAUUAAUCUACCAUGUCUACCAAUUUGUGGAGAUUAAAUCAUAGUUGAUGAAGAUGAUUGUGAUGAUGGCAAUAAUGAUCCAUAUGAUGGAUGUCAUUAAUGUUAAUUUACAUUUUAAGAUGAAUGUUAAAUUUGUUUCAAAAAUAAAUGUUAUCAUUGCAAAGAUAAUUAUUCAUUAAUUGAGGCUAUUAAUACUUUCAUAUCAAUUUGUGGUGAUUUAGUAAUAAUUAAAAUGAAUAAUGCGAUGAUGGUAAUAAUAUUAAAUUUGAUAGAUGUCAUUCUUGUUAAUUCUAAUGGUAUAAUCAUUGUAUCCAUUGUAGUUAAAGAAUUUGUUAGAAAUGGGAUGAAAUAAAUGGAUGGUAUUUAACAGGUGCGAAAUGUGAAUUUAUAUGUGGAGAUGGAAUAGUUGCUAAAGGAUAAGCAAUAUUGUGAAGAUUCAAAUUUAUAUCCUUUCGAUUUAUGCAAUUUUUGCGAAUAAGAAUGUUCAGAACAUUGUUUGCUUUGCUCAAAUGGAAAGUGUCUUAAAUGUGGGAAAGGAUUUAAUAUGAUGAAUAAAAUAAAUUAUGUUUUCAAAUUUGUAGUGACAUUUAAAUUGUAGGGAAUGAAUAAUGUUUAGAUUAAAUAACAUAUUAUUUAUAAAUUUGUGAGAAUUGCUAGUUAAGUGUCAUCAUAAUUUUUAACUAUGUAAUUAUGGCUAAUGUAAUUAAUGUUAAUUUGGUUAUAAUUUAAUUAAUAAUGGUUGUUAACAAGAUUAUGGAGAUGGAUAAAUUGUAGGUACUGA